UCGUGUAUGCAGAGACAAAAUGUCUUAUCAAUUGUAUAGAAAUACAACAUUAGGAAACACGCUGCAAGAGAGCCUUGAUGAGUUGAUACAGUAUGGACAAAUAACACCACAGCUUGCAAUAAAGGUGUUACUACAAUUUGAUAAAGCUAUUAAUCAAGCUCUUGCAACAAGAGUUAAAUCAAGACUUACAUUUAAGGCUGGCAAAUUAAACACAUAUAGAUUUUGUGAUAAUGUGUGGACUUUUAUGCUAAAUGAUGUUGAAUUUCGUGAGGUUCAGGAGGUUGCGAUAGUAGAUAAAGUAAAAAUUGUUGCUUGUGAUGGAAAAACAUUGGAUGCAGAUGGAGCAACAAAACGAUAACAAAUUUAGCAUCUUAUAUAUGCAUGGGAAAUCUUUCUUUACACUGUUAAAAUAAUUUUGUGAUAAAUUACAAAACAAAUAAGUUAAAGUAAUGUAAAAAUAGGUAUAUGUGUGUGUGUGUGUGUGUAUACAUACUUCUUCCCAGUAAACAUUAACUACCGGAAACUAUAUAGUAAUAUAUAUUAAAAAUAUAUAAUUUUUUAUAACUGGAUGAAACCAAUACUUAACUUGCA